ACAUCUCAAACCAGUUCCGAUGUUGCUGUUUCCUCAAGUUGCAGGUCUAUGGAAAUGCAGGAUCUAACCAGCCCGCAUAGCCGUCUGAGUGGUAGUAGUGAAUCCCCCAAACUCGAUAACUCUCAUAUAAAUAGUAAUUCCAUGACUCCCAAUGGCACCGAAGUUAAAACAGAGCCCAUGAGCAGCAGUGAAAUAGCUUCUACCGCAGCAGACGGGGCUUUAGACAGUUUCUCAGGGUCAGCCAUUGGGAGCAGCAGCUUCAGCCCAAGACCAACUCCCCAGUUCUCUCCACCACAGAUCUAUCCGUCCAACAGACCAUACCCACAUAUUCUCCCUACCCCUUCCUCACAAACUAUGGCUGCAUAUGGGCAAACACAGUUUACCACAGGAAUGCAACAAGCUACAGCCUACGCCACAUACCCACAGCCAGGACAGCCGUACGGAAUUUCUUCAUAUGGUGCAUUGUGGGCAGGCAUCAAGACUGAAGGUGGAUUGUCCCAGUCUCAGUCGCCCGGACAGACGGGAUUUCUCAGCUAUGGCACGAGCUUCGGUACCCCUCAACCUGGACAGGCACCAUACAGCUACCAGAUGCAAGGUAGUAGCUUUACAACAUCAUCAGGAUUAUAUACAGGAAAUAAUUCGCUCACAAAUUCCUCUGGAUUUAACAGUUCACAGCAGGACUAUCCAUCUUAUCCCAGUUUUGGCCAGGGUCAGUACGCACAGUACUACAACAGCUCACCAUACCCAGCACACUAUAUGACAAGCAGCAACACCAGCCCAACGACGCCAUCCACCAAUGCCACAUAUCAGCUUCAAGAACCACCAUCUGGCAUCACCAGCCAGGCAGUGACAGAUCCCACGGCAGAGUACAGUACAAUCCACAGCCCAUCAACGCCCAUUAAAGAUUCAGAUUCUGAUCGAUUGCGUCGAGGUUCAGAUGGGAAAUCACGUGGGCGGGGCCGAAGAAACAAUAAUCCUUCACCUCCACCGGAUUCUGAUCUAGAGAGAGUGUUCAUCUGGGACUUGGACGAGACAAUCAUUGUUUUCCAUUCCUUGCUCACUGGGUCCUACGCCAACAGAUACGGGAGGGAUCCACCCACUUCAGUUUCCCUUGGCCUGCGAAUGGAAGAAAUGAUUUUCAACUUGGCAGAUACACAUCUAUUUUUUAACGACUUAGAAGAAUGUGACCAAGUUCAUAUAGACGAUGUUUCUUCAGAUGACAAUGGCCAGGACCUCAGCACAUAUAACUUUGGAACAGAUGGUUUUCCUGCUGCAGCCACCAGUGCUAAUUUAUGCCUGGCAACUGGUGUCCGGGGCGGCGUGGACUGGAUGAGAAAGUUGGCCUUCCGCUACAGACGAGUGAAAGAGAUCUACAACACCUACAAAAACAACGUGGGAGGUCUGCUUGGUCCAGCUAAGAGAGAAGCUUGGUUACAGUUGCGGGCUGAGAUUGAAGCCCUGACGGACUCCUGGUUGACACUGGCCCUUAAAGCUCUCUCACUCAUUCACUCCCGGACAAACUGUGUGAAUAUUUUAGUAACAACUACUCAGCUCAUCCCAGCAUUGGCUAAAGUCCUACUAUAUGGAUUAGGAAUUGUAUUUCCAAUAGAAAAUAUUUACAGUGCAACUAAAAUAGGAAAGGAAAGCUGUUUUGAGAGGAUAAUUCAAAGGUUCGGAAGAAAAGUGGUAUAUGUUGUCAUAGGAGAUGGCGUGGAAGAAGAACAAGGAGCAAAAAAGCACGCCAUGCCCUUCUGGAGAAUCUCUAGUCACUCGGACCUCAUGGCACUACAUCAUGCCUUGGAACUGGAGUACCUGUAACAUCCACGUGGCCCUUGGAAACCACACAACAGCCCUGUGAUCAGGGACAAAUCCAACCGGCAUGAGUCUUGUAUCAACGCUGGACUCCAAGACUUAGCAAUUUCAACAUACUGAUAUGCAGCUGCUGUCGGUCU